AUGUCUUCAAAACCCUUCAAGGUCAUCAUUGCCGGAGGCAGCAUAGCGGGCCUCACGCUAGCCAACAUGCUAGAAAAACUUGGCAUUGACUUUGUCGUUCUCGAAGCAUACAAGGAAAUUGCACCUCAGGUUGGCGCCAGCAUUGGCUUGUUGCCAAAUGGCCUCCGCGUUCUCGACCAGCUUGGCCUGUACCCUGCUAUCCGUGGGCUGAUACAGGAGCCGAACCAAAAAUCUACCAUCCGUGGACCAGACGGACAAGUGCUAACCCAGACCAACAAAGGAGGGGACCUAUUUAGGAACCGUCACGGAUAUGACAUCAUCUUCGUAGAUCGCCAGAUGGUCCUUCAAGCUCUGUACAAUCACUUGGAAAGCAAGAACAAGGUCUUGACGAGUAAAAAAGUUGCUUCGGUCACUCUGCAAGAAAAGGGCGUGAAGGUCACUACUGCAGAUGGCGCCGAGUUCACUGGCGAUAUCCUGAUCGGCGCAGAUGGAGUCCAUAGCACCGUUAGGAACGAGAUGUGGCGAAUCGCGGACCAGCUUGAACCCGGAUACAUCCCGGCAUCAGAGCGCACAGCAUUGACGUCGCAUACGACAUACAAAUGCAUCUUCGGCAUCUCCAUUAUGAAGGACUACGCGCCUUCCACGACCAGCUCGACUUGGUACAAACAUUCCUCCCUUCUGGUCAUUGCAGGGCCCAGUAACCGAGUGUACUGGUUCAUGUUCCAGAAUAUCGACAAGAAAUACGAGGGUGAAGAACUUCCUCGUUAUUCCAAACAGGAUGAGGAAACUCUUGCCAAGGAGCAUUGGAAUGACCAGGUCACCGAAAACAUCACCUUUGGAGACAUGUAUGCUGCGAGGAUCUCGUCGGUCCUAACCGCACUUCCCGAGUACGUCUUCAAAAAGUGGCACUUCAGACGGAUCAUGACAAUCGGUGAUGCUGCACACAAGUUUGAACCGAUCAGUGGUCAAGGAGGCAACAGCGCCAUUGAGACGGCGGCCGCCCUGGUCAACAAUCUCACAAGCAUGAUGAAGAGCCGCCCAGAAGGCCUAGCCGAUGCCGACUUUGACAAAGUUUUCUCGGAGACUCAGACAACGCGCACGCCACGCGUAUGGGAGCUCGUGAAUGCAUCUCAUCAGCAACAAAUGGUCGAAGCCAUGGAGACACGCCUGUUGGAAUUCAUGGCUAAAUACUACAUACCACAUGCGACCAUCGACACCAGACUGGCCAGUUGGUGCAAGAGUAUCGAGGGUGGCCGCCGGCUCGAUAUGCUCGACAUGCCGAAACGACCCCACUACGUUCCAUAUCCGGAGGAGCUCGCCAGCACACCAUUUGACGGCUCGGCUAUCAUUAAAUUGACCGUCGCUGCAAUUUUUGGACUGCUUUUCCGUCUGGCUCAAUUAACUUUGACGAUAGACCCGGCAAGCUUCUCUCCUACCUUUGUUGGUCAUGACUGGAAGCAGACAUACACUGGAAUUCCAGCGAUUGACUCUACGCUUUCCAUUUUGGUUUGGGCCUUCUCCAAGGGAGUUGCUGGUGACGACCCCAACCAGAAGGUCCAAUGUCUGUAUUUCAUGAUCAUGCUCCUCCCGAUUGCCCUGAUCUGGACGGUUGAAGCUUACCGGAAUGGAAACCAUCGGUCUCUGGUAUCCAUGCCGGUACUCUUCGGCAUCUAUCAGCUCUUCGGUAUUGGCAAGAUCGCACCCCUCUACUACCUGGUCAGCAUCUACACUUCGGGCAACAUCCUCUACACCCGCACGACCGGCCGCGCCAUCCACUCCUCGGUCGCCAAGGCACUCCUGCCCGCCCUCGCAAUCGGCUACGUCCUGCCCACCAUCCUCAUGUUCCUCCCGCACGAGUCCGCCGUCACGCACCAGAACUACGUCGCCCUCUGGCAGCCCUUCCCCAUCUACAUCGCCGGCCUCACCUUCGCCAUCUCCGCAAUCAUCCGCAAGGCCCAGGGCGCCAACAGCCAGCCGAUCGAACGCGAGAUGUUCGCCCUCGCCGACGUCGCCCCGCUGCGCGCCGCUUACGGCGCCGUCUUCUGGACCACGGCGAUCGCGCACAUCGCCACCCUCGUGUACCUUUUCUCCAAUACGGCAACUAUGUCCAUCAGCGAGGUUUUCUUCAAGUUGAGCGGCACUGUUGACGAGUCGGUUUUCUUGUUCUUCAAGCACGACUUCUUGAUCUGCUUCGCCGCCGUGUUUGUUUGGUGCCUGUACAGCGCGUACGAGCUGCGUCGCACCGGCUACGUCAAGACGGAGCAGGCGGUCCGGGCGGCAUUGGCCACGCUGGCUGCUCAGGUUGUGGUGGGACCCGGUGCGGCUUAUGUGGGCUUUUGGUCGUGGAGGGAGGGGGCCAUUCUCUCGCAUGUGAAGAUGUGA